AUGUCAAGUUUUGGUACAUUAUUCAAAGUGACCACUUACGGUGAAAGUCAUUGUAAAUCUGUUGGUUGUAUUGUUGAAGGAGUACCUCCAGGGUUCCCAUUAACUGAAGAUGAUAUUCAACCACAAUUAACUCGUAGAAGACCAGGUCAAAGCAAGUUAUCUACUCCAAGAAAUGAAAAAGAUAAAGUGAUUAUUCAAAGUGGUACUGAAUUUGGUAAAACUUUAGGUUCACCUAUCGGAAUGUUGGUUUUAAAUGAAGAUCAAAGACCUCAUGAUUAUGGUGAAAUGGAUGUUUACCCAAGACCAAGUCAUGCUGAUUACACUUAUAUUCAAAAAUACGGUGUGAAAUCAUCAAGUGGUGGAGGUAGAUCAUCUGCCAGAGAAACCAUCGGGAGAGUUGCUGCCGGUGCCAUUGCUGAAAGAAUGUUGGAAAAGAUUAAUAAUGUUGAAAUUGUUGCUUUCGUAUCUCAAAUUGGUAGCGUUUCAAUGAAUAAAGAUACUCAAGAUGAAAGUUUCAUCAAAUUAUUGAAUACUGUUACUAAAGAAAGUAUUGAUGCUACUGGACCAAUCAGAUGUCCUGAUGACACUGUAAAAGAAGAAAUGGUCAAAGUUAUUGAAAAAUACAGAGAUUCAAAAGAUUCCAUCGGUGGUGUUGUAACUUGUGUUAUUAGAAACUGUCCUAUUGGUCUCGGAGAACCAUGUUUCGAUAAAUUAGAAGCCAAAUUAGCCCAUGCUAUGUUAUCUAUUCCUGCCACUAAGGGUUUCGAAAUCGGUUCAGGUUUUAAAGGAGUUGAAAUACCAGGUUCCAAACACAAUGAUCCUUUCUAUUUUGAUGAAUCCUCCAAACGUUUAAGAACCACUACCAACAAUUCUGGUGGUAUUCAAGGAGGUAUUUCUAAUGGUGAAAAUAUUUAUUUCUCUGUAGCUUUCAAAUCAGCUGCUACUAUAAGUCAAGAACAACCAACUGCUAGUUAUGAUGGUAAAGAUGGAAUUUUAGCUGCUAAAGGAAGACAUGAUCCAUCUGUCACCCCAAGAGCUGUUCCAAUUGUAGAGGCUAUGACAGCUUUGGUAAUUAUGGAUCAAUUAUUAAUUCAAAAUGCUAGAAAAUCAACCAUGGAUCUCCUCAAUUAG